UCGCUCUCUCUUCUCUCCCUCGCUCUCUCUCCUCUCCCUUUCUCUCUCUCUCUCUCUCUCUCUCUCUCUCUCUCAAACACCAACCUCUUUGUUGUGUGAUCUGUUAUGGGUCAUUAUUUAACAGUGGCAUUUAGUGUUGUAGCUGACAUAACAUCUUGUGAUGGGCUAGGGGGCAGGUGGUUGAGGGAAUCAUUCAAAUAGUUAUUGGCCCAUAUUGGCCCGAUACAGAGAAGAAGAAUCAGACAUUGCUAGUCGACCCCUGACCUAUACAUCUGCUGAGUCACUGCCUCAUCUGAAUAAGGCCUUUCACGAUUUCAGCGUGACCUAGGGGGAACUGAACAGUAACAGACCCAAUGGAGUGAAUGCAAAAGCAAUAUUCACAGCCUAUGAUGACCUGUGUGUGUGCCUGCGUGCGUGUUCUGCGGGAGCAUUUGGGGGGGUAUUGUGAAUGUGAUUUGGUGGCCAAAGUUAAUAAUCUACUAUGGGAGGACAGCAAUAUAUUGCUCUUCCUAAUAUGUAUGACUAGUCCAUAGCUAAUUCCUCGAUGUGACCACACUUCCACUGUACCUAUUCAAGUCUGACAACACCUAGCCAAUGAGUUACAUCACCAACUGUGAUUUCAGAUAGCUUUUGGAGUGGUAUGUAUCUCAACAUGGAUUUCUAGAAACAUCCGUUCCUCCACUGUUUGGUUUCCAUGCAGACCAGAGGUGGAUGGGACAUGGAGAGAGAUAAGAGUCGGGAAUUCUACACUGUUCCUUAAUUGAACUGUGGACAAAAGGAGUCCACGUGUUGGGAAAUAGGGUUGGGGCCUUUCAGAUGCUGGGUCUUGGAACGAUGAUUCAUCCUUUACACGUUGCCCUCCACCUCCCUCCUUCUCAUCUAUUGUUGCAUGCUAGCUUCCCUCUGUUUCGGUAAACACAGGAUUGAUAUGACCCUUGGCAACAGCACUGUGCGUGCCUGACACACGGAUACAGUGUAGAGAGGCAGCGGGAGAGGGGAGGGAGGGACAGCAGCAGGAGAGAGAGAGAGAGAUGAGAGAGGGCUGUGUGUCAUAGCGGAUAAUUGGUUUGUCUUUAAGUGACACUCGCUGUGUCUCAAAUGGCACCCUAUGUGUGUGUGUUUGCCAGCUAGACAGCACGGUCUGACAGUCCUCUGAGCGCCUAAAGACAAAAACCCUCCAAAUGGCACCCUAUGUGUGUGUGUUUGCCAGCUAGACAGCACGGUCUGACAGUCCUCUGAGCGCCUAAAGACAAAAACCCUCCAAAUGGCACCCUAUGUGUGUGUGUUUGCCAGCUAGACAGCACGGUCUGACAGUCCUCUGAGCGCCUAAAGACAAAAACCCUCCAAAUGGCACCCUAUGUGUGUGUGUUUGCCAGCUAGACAGCACGGUCUGACAGUCCUCUGAGCGCCUAAAGACAAAAACCCUCCGAAUGGCACCCUAUGUGUGUGUGUUUGCCAGCUAGACAGCACGGUCUGACAGUCCUCUGAGCGCCUAGAGACAAAAACCCUCCAAAUGGCACCCUGUGUGUGUGUGUUUGCCAGCUAGACAGCACGGUCUGACAGUCCUCUGAGCGCCUAAAGACAAAAACCCUCCAAAUGGCACCUUAUGUGUGUGUGUUUGCCAGCUAGACAGCACGGUCUGACAGUCCUCUGAGCGCCUAAAGACAAAAACCCUCCAAAUGGCACCCUAUGUGUGUGUGUUUGCCAGCUAGACAGCACGGUCUGACAGUCCUCUGAGCGCCUAAAGACAAAAACCCUCCAAAUGGCACCCUAUGUGUGUGUGUUUGCCAGCUAGACAGCACGGUCUGUCAGUCCUCUGAGCGCCUAAAGACAAAAACCCUCCAAAUGGCACCCUAUGUGUGUGUGUUUGCCAGCUAGACAGCACGGUCUGACAGUCCUCUGAGCUCCUAAAGACAAAAACCCUCCAAAUGGCACCCUAUGUGUGUGUGUUUGCCAGCUAGACAGCACGGUAUGACAGUCCUCUGAGCGCCCAAAGACAAAAACCCUCCAAAUGGCACCCUAUGUGUGUGUGUUUGCCAGCUAGACAGCACGGUCUGACAGUCCUCUGAGCGCCUAAAGACAAAAACCCUCCAAAUGGCACCCUAUGUGUGUGUGUUUGCCAGCUAGACAGCACGGUCUGACAGUCCUCUGAGCGCCUAAAGACAAAAACCCUCCAAAUGGCACCCUAUGUGUGUGUGUUUGCCAGCUAGACAGCACUGUCUGACAGUCCUCUGAGCGCCUAAAGACAGAAACCCUCCAAAUGGCACCCUAUGUGUGUGUGUUUGCCAGCUAGACUGCACGGUCUGACAGUCCUCUGAGCGCCUAAAGACAAAAACCCUCCAAAUGGCACCCUGUGUGUGUGUGUUUGCCAGCUAGACAGCACGGUCUGACAGUCCUCUGAGCGCCUAAAGACAAAAACCCUCCAAAUGGCACCCUAUGUGUGUGUGUUUGCCAGCUAGACAGCACGGUCUGACAGUCCUCUGAGCGCCUAAAGACAAAAACCCUCCAAAUGGCACCCUAUGUGUGUGUGUUUGCCAGCUAGACAGCACGGUCUGUCAGUCCUCUGAGCGCCUAAAGACAAAAACCCUCCAAAUGGCACUCUAUGUGUGUGUGUUUGCCAGCUAGACAGCACGGUCUGACAGUCCUCUGAGCGCCUAAAGACAAAAACCCUCCAAAUGGCACCCUAUGUGUGUGUGUUUGCCAGAUAGACAGCACGGUCUGACAGUCCUCUGAGCGCCUAAAGACAAAAACCCUCCAAAUGGCACCCUAUGUGUGUGUGUUUGCCAGAUAGACAGCACGGUCUGACAGUCCUCUGAGCGCCUAAAGACAAAACCCCUCCAAAUGGCACCCUAUGUGUGUGUGUUUGCCAGCUAGACAGCACGGUCUGACAGUCCUCUGAGCGCCUAAAGACAGAAACCCUCCAAAUGUUUGUCCUCCAGAGCAUCUCUUCCUUCUUCAUCUCUCUCUUCUUUUUUUAUCCCUCUAUUUCUACAUACAUGUUGUUCAAAACACACCCAGGAUUUAUAUUUUAAACUUAUGUUUCCAUUGUGUUGUUUUGAUCAGAUUUCACAUUUCUGUAAAGGUUAGUUAUGUGGGGAUUUUUUGUUUUGCGGUAUAAUCGAAGGGCUGUGUUUAUUCCUCAUUUGCAAAAGUCAGCUAUGUAACUGGUGUGUGAUGGAGAUUUUACAGUAUGUGUCGCGGUUAUAUGUGUGUGAGAACACGGCUAUUCAUGUAACCACCUAUCAGAUGAGAGGUUAGCUCUUUUUGCUCCGAUUCCAUCUGUCUGAGCUGGGGGGGGGGGGGGGGGGGGGCUCAUACACACAUACACACACAUGCGCACACACACACCAACUGUAGACUGCCUCGUGCAAUUACAAAGUCAUGUGCAAUUGUCUAGUGGAAGCUCACUUGCAUUUAAUUCCAAAGUGUGUCAUAAUACAUCCUAUUCAGAACAGAACCUUGGAUUAAGAAUAACAUCUUGGCAUUUAGUAAUUGACAAGGACGUGAUAGUGGUCACAUGCUCGUGUUGACAUUUCUUUCAGAGUACUACUAUUACCAUGAUUCCACCCUAUCAGUGGGCAGCGGCAACUGUACAAUAGGCACCAAACAUGGACAAUAGGGCACUGAAAGCAUUGAGCCCCCGUGGUUUAAACAACAGCAGGCACGGUUUGAAGCCCAACAUCCUUCCUCAGACUUUGCCUUUGCUUCAUGUUUUAACUCUGUCCCGUGUGCUGUUUUUUUUUCAGGCUAUUACCAGAUUCUGUCUACGUCCUAAACGGCUCCCUAUUGACCAGGGCCCGUAUGGCUUUGGUCAAAAGUAGUGCACUAUACAGUAUAGCGAAUAAGGUGCCAUUGGGAAUGAACAAAAUGUCUCUCUCUUUGUGGGCAUAUGUCUGAUUUACCACAAUCGUCAUCGGCUCACAUAUGAGCCACAACGAGAACCAAACGAGCUUUACACCUUCUUAAACGAGACAUAUGAGACUUGUUUUCUGUGUUUAUCUUUAGCGGCACUUCACAAACGGAAUAAUUAUUACUGUUUCUUCUCUCUUGUAUCUUGCACUUAACACAUGUAGCAAUACCUAUAGGACGGGGAAAACAGACGUGUGAUUCACCAGUAUUUGUGAAGUAUUUCGUUUUAUUACUGGUUUAUUGUUCCACUUUGUACAAAAUAUAUGCUGUACAGAUAUAACAAAUUAAAACGACAACAAACGUCUUUUAGAUAAACUUUAUUUAUUUGUACUGUUUUUGUAAUUUAGACACGAUACUGUAGCUCCUUUUUGGCCAGAAUUACUGAAAGUGCCUCUUGGUAUAAUGUAUUACAAAGUAAAUAUACAGUAUAUUGAGAUUAUUAGAAAUUGUCACUAGCUGAACAAUGUGGAUGUUGUAAUGUGAAUACUGAAUAACAUGCGUUAAAUGCUGUGGUAAUUGUAUGUGUGGUCUCUUUGCCUCGACUUACAUUUAUUUUCUUCAUCAUUAUCUAUUUCAUAUAACUAUGUCAACAUGAAGUAUGUAAAUGCCUUUCAACUUCUCAGGUACGUCCUCAAGGUUACUGAUACAUUCAAUAUUUGAUUUGAUUUAUGCCUUCCCGGUAAGCCAACAGUCAUAGUUGAUUAGGGGUGGCAGGUGGCCUAGUUGUUAGAGUGUUGGGCCAGUAACUGAAAGAUUGCUGGAUCGAAUCCCCGAGCUGAGAAGUUUUUUUAAAUCGUUCCGCCUCUGAACAAGGCAGUUAACCCACUGUUCCCCGGUAGGCCAUCAUUGUAAAUAAGAAUUUGUUCUUAACUGACUUGCCUAGUUAAAUAAAUUAAUUUUUGGCAACAUCAUAGCAUACUAGUGAUAGUUUUGGUUUUUGAGCUUUAACUAUUAUGAAUCAUUAGUUCUAAAAGAGACAUGAGGGGUGCCAUAAUGAAGUUUGGGAGGGGCUGAGUGCAGGGAAAACGGUCACACGUGGCAGUAUUGAUAAAGGGAGGAACCGUUUAAGUCCCAUAUCUCUUAGCUCCCUGCCUAGCAAUAAGGAUGCAAUGUGUAGGGAUGAGAAGGAGACUCUUCCCAAGGUGGGGUAUGUGUACACUACCACGGGUGAGGAGGAGACUCCGCCCAAGGUGGGGUAUGUGUACACUACCACGGGUGAGGAGGAGACUCCGCCCAGGGUGGGGUAUGUAUACACUACCACGGGUGAGGAGGAGACUCGGCCCAAGGUGGGGUAUGUGUACACUACCACGGGUGAGGAGGAGACUCCGCCCAAGGUGGGGUAUGUGUACACUACCAUGGGUGAGGAGGAUACUCCGCCCAAGGUGGGGUAUGUAUACACUACCACAGGUGAGGAGGAGACUCUGCCCAAGGUGGGGUAUGUGUACACUACCACGGGUGAGGAGGAGACACCGCCCAAGGUGGGUUAUGUGUACACUACCACGGGUGAGGAGGAGACUCUGCCCAAGGUGGGGUAUGUGUACACUACCACGGGUGAGGAGGAGACUCUGCCCAAGGUGGGGUAUGUGUACACUACCAAGGGUGAGGAGGAGACUCUGCCCAAGGUGGGGUAUGUGUACACUACCACGGGUGAGGAGGAGACUCUGCCUAAGGUGGGGUAUGUGUAUACUACCACGGGUGAGGAGGAGACUCCGCCCAAGGUGGGGUAUGUGUACACUACCACAGGUGAGGAGGAGACUCCGCCCAAGGUGGGGUAUGUGUAUACUACCACGGGUGAGGAGGAGACUCCGCCCAAGGUGGGUUAUGUAUACACUACCACGGGUGAGGAGGAGACUCCGCCCAAGGUGGGGUAUGUGUAUACUACCACACGGGUGAGGAGGAGACUCCGCCCAAGGUGGGGUAUGUGUAUACUACCACGGGUGAGGAGGAGACUCCGCCCAAGGUGGGGUAUGUAUACACUACCACGGGUGAGGAGACUCCGCCCAAGGUGGGGUAUGUAUACACUACCACGGGUGAGGAGGAGACUCCGCCCAAGGUGGGGUAUGUGUAUACUACCACACGGGUGAGGAGGAGACUCCGCCCAAGGUGGGGUAUGUGUAUACUACCACGGGUGAGGAGGAGACUCCGCCCAAGGUGGGGUAUGUAUACACUACCACGGGUGAGGAGACUCCGCCCAAGGUGGGGUAUGUAUACACUACCACGGGUGAGGAGACUCUGCCCAAGGUGGGGUAUGUAUACACUACCACGGGUGAGGAGGAGACUCUGCCCAAGGUGGGGUAUGUAUACACUACCACGGGUGAGGAGACUCCGCCCAAGGUGGGGUAUGUGUACACUACCACGGGUGAGGAGACUCCGCCCAAGGUGGGUAUGUGUACACUACCACGGGUGAAACCAUGUCUUUGUCUAAUGCAGCUGUAUUGACACUCUGGGCAGAAUAAACUUGGUUUAAAGCUUG